UUCUUGAGCUUCGUGUGGUGGUGCUGGAAACACAGGCCAUAGUUUCUUAUUUACAACCUGGCUAUUCAUUCUGAAUAAAGAUUAAAGUUGCUUCAUUUUUCUUGCAUUGUUUUAGCUUAUGCCUAUUUUUUUCCUGCCCCGACAAAAUGCGGGCAGUGGAAAGUGGAAGAGUCACAUUAAAAUCGGUCUCUUUUGCUGCAUAUAAGAAGCUCUGAAAGGGGUAUUAUUAGUUAAAUGCCGCUGGCAUUAUUUAUGGGCUUAUGAUAACUUAUUUUAUUUUAAUAAUGAAUUCUGAUGAAAAGAGAUUAGAGUGUGUUUUGGGCUUUGAUGCAGCAGUUUGUUUAGGUGUGAUAGGUAGAAUUUUCUUUAUAUGUAAGCACCAUUACCUAACAUGUUUUCUCUUUUCCCAGAGUUUCAGCUUCACAUCCCUCACUGAUUCGGCAUGGGGGACAAGUCAGAACACUGUAGGAUUCCAGAGGAUCUGUUCAAUGAUUUGAAAGUUAUAGAUCCCCAGGAAGCAGCAUGCUCUAGCCCUUCGGUUUCUAAUCCCAAAGAUCACCAUUCCCAGAGCAAGCUGCUCGAGGAUGUUGAGACGCAUCCCCAGGAGGACCAGGAAGAAGAGGAGUGCUUUCAUGACACCAACACCUCAUUUGAGGAGGAGCCAGGAGUGGACAAGGUUGAGAACAAACCUGAUGAUGUGAAUGCCUCUGAACUAGAUGAAGAAUACUUAAUAGAACUGGAGAAAAACAUGCCAGAUGAAGAGAAACAGAAAAGAAGAGAAGAGAGCACUAGACUAAAGGAGGAGGGAAAUGAGCAGUUUAAGAAAGGAGAUUAUAUAGAAGCUGAAAGUUCUUAUAGUCAAGCCCUUCAGGUGUGCCCAUCCUGCUUCCAGAAAGACAGGUCUAUUCUGUUCUCAAAUAGAGCUGCUGCAAGGAUGAAACAGGACAAGAAAGAGAUGGCCAUCAGUGACUGCAGCAAAGCAAUUAAGUUAAACCCCAACUAUGUCAGGGCAAUAUUGAGGAGAGCGGAAUUGUAUGAGAAAACCGACAAGCUAGAUGAAGCCCUGGAAGACUAUAAAUCUAUAUUAGAGAAAGAUCCAUCAGUAUAUCAAGCAAGGGAAGCUUGUAUGAGGUUACCUAAGCAAAUUGAAGAACGUAAUGAAAAGCUAAAGGAAGAGAUGUUAGGUAAACUAAAAGAUCUUGGGAACUUGGUUCUCCGACCUUUUGGACUCUCCACAGAAAAUUUCCAGAUCAAACAGGAUUCCUCUACUGGCUCCUACUCCAUCAAUUUUGUUCAAAAUCCAAAUAAUAACAGAUAACAAAGAUAACAGUAGCUUUUAAAGCUGGCUUGGAAAUUGUGUGCUGCUUGCUGUUAGCAUGGGGAAAGGCCCUGCCAAUGUUUAACUUUUAAAAGCAUCUUAUCUCAAAGACAGGCUAUCCAGUAGAGCCCAGUGCUCCCUUUCCCCUCUUGUUUUAUGAUCAGGGUGAAAGGCACUUCCUGAUGGAAUGAGCCUAAUUUGAUUUCCAUUUUAAGGUGGUGUCUGUGCAGCUGUCGCCCCUGGUUCUGGCUGUCCUUUGUUUUGUCCAGGAGGAAGCCUGCUUGUCAAGGCUGACCUCCCUGAGCCACACAAACACACAAGCCCAGCCAGUCUCUCCUGGACCGAGCAAACCUGCCGGUCGGAGACUGCCCAGACAUGAGUGAUGGGGUUCCUGCCUGCUGUCCCCUCUCCCUGAUCACACACAUGCCCAGGCUGCCAUGCAUGGGCUGCAGUAUCCCCUGAUUUCCUCUGUGGUAAUAAACGCUUUCUGUGACGGUC